AAAAUAAACAUAACAUAACCUCAAUUAUCUUAUUUUGAUGUAAGCAUAAGGUUAACCUUCAUUCAACCUUGUUAAAUAUUGCAGUAAUCGUAUUUACCAAUAUUUUAACUUAUUUUGGCCAAUAUACAACAUGAGUCGUUCAUUAAAAGCUCUUAUAGGACCAUCCAUUCUGAACUCAGACUUAUCCAAAUUAUUUGAGGAAUCUCAAAGACUAAUGGAUAAUGGUGCAGAUUACUUGCAUUUAGAUGUGAUGGAUGGACACUUUGUUCCCAACUUAACCUUUGGCCAUCCAAUUGUAAAAUGUUUGCGGAAUCACAUUAAAGAUGCUUUUUUUGAAACCCAUAUGAUGGUAUCCAGACCUGAACAGUGGAUAGCACCUAUGGCUGAUGCAGGUGUGAACCAGUAUACAUUCCACAUUGAACCUGUAACAAAUGUCGAAGAGAUUUGUAGAAAAAUAAAGGAACAUGGAAUGAAGGCUGGAGUUGCAAUCAAGCCAGGCACACCUGUGGAGGAGGUAGAAGAAUAUAUUUCUGUUGCAGAUAUGGUGCUCAUUAUGACAGUAGAGCCAGGGUUUGGAGGUCAAAAAUUCAUGGAGGACCAAAUGGCAAAAGUCCAGUAUCUCAGAAAACAUUACCCACUACUAAAUAUUGAAGUAGAUGGUGGUGUAGGACCUUCUACAAUAGAUUGUUGUGCUAAUGCUGGAGCAAAUAUGAUAGUAUCAGGGACAGCUGUUACCGGGUCAAAAGAUCAAAUGGCAACAAUCAAGUUACUCAGAGAUACUGUACAAACAGCUAUUGAUAAAGUUAAAAAUACUGAAUAAUGGUUUAAGAAAAAAAUGGUAUGAGCUGUAAAAAACGUUAGCUAUUAAAUAAAUUUUAUAUAGGGUUUAAGAGUAAAGUUUGUUAGAACUUUGAAUGUAUAA